AUGGAACAAUCUCCUCUUUGCUCUUGUGGAACCGAAGAAACUAUCAAGCAUAUUGUGGAAGAAUGUCCAAUUACUAAAUUUGAAGAAGGAAUAGCAAAAUUACAUGAAGCUAAUUCAGAGGCAAUUAAUUGGCUAAACAAUCUAGAAAUACCACUCUAA